AAUAUGUUCACUACUCAGGUAUCAUAGACAGCUGUGCAUCUAAAUGGGGUUUAUUGUCCCAGGUCAUCAAAGUAUCUGAAUUGGAUGAACGAGUUUUACAUGGCAGCGCACAAAACCAAAUAAAAGUACUUUGUCAUUAGUAAUUGACAAUUGAAAAUAACAUUGAAGCAAGACAUUCCGUUAAAACGCAAUAUUUGGAUAUUAAAAGAUUAUAAAUGCUUUAAUAGUAUUUAAUUGUCAGAGUGAUAGACUUUUUGUGUAAUAUUAAAGCACUAAUAGCACACCCAUUGAGUUGGAUAAAACAAAAGAAUGUUAAAUAGGGAAUCAAACAACAAUCAGGAAGGAUGCUAAUGCAUAGAAGACAUCAUCAGGUAACUUCUCUAUGGCAAUUUUUCUUUAUUUUUUUGUUUUGGAUUUUUAACACCAUAAUAUUUAUACUAACUUCUUGGUACAGCUAUUUUUAAAAUUCCAUUUAUCUAAUCGAGCUCAAUGGGAAAAUGACAUUCUCCAUAACGCAGAUGCGAGUAGGUGGUUGCCAGUUUCACCACCAGGUGGCUAGUUCGCGUCAGAUAGCAUGGCGGGUAUGUUACAUGUUUAACUGUAGUUAGUUAAUCUCAUGGUGUUGAAAAUUCAAAAUAAAAAAGAAAUAUUGCAAUGAAGAAGUUACUUAAGCAUCUAGCUCUUUUAAUUUUGUAGUCACAUAAUAUUAUGAACCAAGGAUUCUUCGAAAUAUUUGAUGUUCAGUCACCAUCCGAGCAAUCAAAGGGAAAAUUAACAAUCAUCAUAAUGACGGAGAUUUCUCACAAUUGACUCCUACAAUAUAAAUACUACAACGUAUAUAUAAGUACAUUGUAUUGCUAUUCUAAAGCUGAAUACUGAGAAUUAGAGACAGUGAUUUCUCACGCAAUACAAGUGACUCCUAUAAUAUAAUAAAUACUACAAGUUAUAUAUAAGUACAUUGUAUUGCUAUUCUAUAGCCGAAUACUGAGAAUUAGAGACAGUGAUGUCUAAUACAAUACAAGUGACUCCUAUAAUAUAAAUACUACAACGUAUAUAUAAGUACAUGGUAUUGCUAUUCUAUAGCUGAAUACUGAGAAUUAGAGACAGUGAUGUCUAACAGAACACAUGUGACUCCUAGAAUAUAAAUACUACAAGUCAUAUAUAUAGUACUAUACAAGUGACUUUUGAUCCUGUAAUAAAUUACAGUGACUUCUAAUGACAAGAUAAUUUUCAGUUACAUUAAUCGGAUCAGAAAAAUACAAGCUACAGGAGAUAAAUCCAUACUGGACAGGAUAAUUAUAAAUGACUUCAACGAAAGCUAAUAAUAUCGUAAGGCAAAACUAAAUGGCACAACUAGAGAUGAAUUUACAUGAAACAUCUAAUUGCGAAAGUGAAAAUGGAACUAUAUUAAGAACAAGUGUUGAUAAAACAGGAACAGGACCAGCAGUAAAACAUGUUGGAAAACAUGAAUGUGAUGUCUGUCAUAAAGUAUUUAGGUUCAAGUCUGCACUUAAGCGACAUCAUGUAAUUCAUACUGGAGAGAGGAAUUUCAAAUGUGAUAUUUGUCUUAUGACAUUUAACUGCAAAUCGAACUCUGUAGCGCAUUCUAAGAUACACACGGGAGAGAGGAAUUUCAAAUGCGAUGUUUGUCUUAAGACAUUUAAAAGCAAAUCUAACCUUGUAAAGCAUUCUAAGACACACACGGGAGAGAGGAAUUUCAAAUGUGAUAUUUGUCUUAAGACAUUUACCCAAAAGUCUAGUCUUGUAACACAUUCCAAUAUACACACUGGAGAGAGGAAUUUCAAAUGUGAUAUUUGUCUUAAAACAUUUAAAGUAAAAUCUUACCUUUUAGAACAUUGUAAGAUACAUACUGGAGAGAAGAAUUUCCAAUGUGAUAUUUGUCUUAAGGCAUUUAACAGCAAAUCUAACCUUGUAGUGCAUUCUAAGAUACACACGGGAGAGAGGAAUUUCAAAUGUGAUAUUUGUCUUAUGACAUUUAAAUGGAAAUCUAACCUUGUAAUGCAUUCUAAGAUACAUACGGGAGAGAGGAAUUUCAAAUGUGAUAUUUGUCUUAAGGCAUUUAACAGCAAAUCAAACCUUGUACGUCAUGGUAAGUUACAUAGUGGAGAGAGGAAUUUCAAAUGUGAUAUUUGUCUUAUGACAUUUAAAUGGAAAUCUAACCUUGUAAAGCAUUCUAAGAUACACACGGGAGAGAAGAAUUUCAAAUGUGAUAUUUGUCUUAAGACAUUUAACCAAAAGUCUAAUCUUGUAACACAUUAUAAGAUACACACGGGAGAGAGGAAUUUCAAAUGUGAUGUUUGUCUUAAGACAUUUAACCGAAAGUGUAGUCUUGAAAUACAUUCUAUGAUACAUACUGGAGAGAGGAAUUUCAAAUGUGAUAUUUGUCUUAAAACAUUUCAAGUAAAAUCUUACCUUUUAAAACAUUAUAUGAUACAUACUGGAGAGAAGAAUUUCAAAUGUGAUAUUUGUCUUAAGGUAUUUAACAGAAAAUCUAGCCUUGUACGUCAUUGUAGGUUACAUAGUGGAGAGAGGGAUUUCAAAUGUGAUGUUUGUCUUAAGACAUUUACCCAAAAGUGUAGUCUUGUAACACAUUCUAAGAUACACACGAGAGAGAGGAAUUUCAAAUGUGAUGUUUGUCUUAAGACAUUUAACCAAAAGUGUAGUCUUGAAAUACAUUCUAAGAUACAUACUGGAGAGAGGAAUUUCAAAUGUGAUGUUUGUCUUAAGACAUUUAACCAAAAGUAUAGUCUUGAAAUACAUUCUAAGAUACAUACUGGAGAGAGGAAUUUCAAAUGUGAUAUUUGUCUUAAGACAUUUACCCAAAAGUUUAAUCUUGUAACACAUUCUAAGAUACACACGAGAGAGGGGAAUUUCAAAUGUGAUGUUUGUCUUAAGACAUUUAACCAAAAGUGUAGUCUUGAAAUACAUUCUAAGAUACAUACUGCUGAGAGGAAUUUCAAAUGUGAUGUUUGUCUUAAGACAUUUAACCAAAAGUAUAGUCUUGAAAUACAUUCUAAGAUACAUACUGGAGAGAGGAAUUUCAAAUGUGAUGUUUGUCUUAAGACAUUUAAUCGAAAGUGUAGUCUUGAAAUACAUUCUAAGAUACAUACUGGAGAGAGGAAUUUCAAGUGUGAAAUUUGUCUUAAGACAUUUAACAAUAAAUACAACCUAGUAACACAUUCUAAGAUACAUACUGGUGAAAAGAAUUUCAAAUGUGGUGUUUGUAGUAAAACUUUCAUCAGAAAAUCUCAACUUAGAGAACAUGGUGCAGCUCAUACUGGAGAAAAAAAUAUUCUUAUAUGAUAUUUGGCUUAAGUUAGUCUUUCAAUGACUAUUGCAGAGUCAGAUGGUCCAUCAUAAAUCCUGCUCUCGUGUGAGCUCUCAGUGGACGAGAAUCAAUAUAAUAUAUACAUCAGAAAAUAACUAUCCCAUUCAUUGCUGUCCCGGAUGGCUCGGGGGUUCAUGCUCGGCUUCCAGGCGUCGGGAUUCAAGUUCGAGUUCCGCCGUCACGGAUGGUAAAUUUUCCCAAAUAUUUUUAUAAAUAACUUUGUUGUCCCAUAUAUUGUUAUACAUCAGUGUAUCCUUUAACAAGAUUUUAACAAGGAAAUCUGAAUUGUAGAAAAAAGCUGAUACACUGUGAGGUACUACCUUAAGUUAUUUAAGCACACAUCUCAUUCAAGUGUGAUAACUGUCCAAAGGCUUUUAUUACAAAGUCUGACCUUAGAUAACAGCAUAAUAUUCAUACUGGAGAGAGGAAUUCCAAGUGUGAAGUCUGUUUAAAGACAUUACCCAAAAAUCACAUAGUAUUAUAAGAUCUGUAUUGGAGAAAAGAAUUUCAAAUGUGAUGUUUGUAGUAAAACAUUCAUCAGCAAGUCUCAACUUAGGGAACAUUAUAUGAUGCAUACUUGAUAUAGAAAUUCAAAUGUGAUGUUUGUCUAAAGACAUUUUAACACAAACAUAACCUUGUCAAAUAUUCCAAGAGACAUACUGGAGGAAGAAUUUUAAAUGUGAUAUUUGUCUUAAAGAUUCGCGCAAUCUUUAUUCAAUCAGCGUUUGCGAUGCGAAUCGGCUCACGUAUAAAACGCGAAUCCAACUCCAGAUCCAUGCAGGGGUGCAUGAAGUACUCGAAUGGGAAAGAGCUCGUGAAAUCUGAAUUUACAUGCACAUGGGAACUAAAGUGUGAUGUUUGUUCUAAACUGUGUUUGCACAAUUCUCACAUAAACAUACAUUAUAUAAUUCAUACUUGAGAAACAAACCUGUGUAUUGUUUCUUCUAAAACAUUUUUGUGAAAGUCUUCUCUUAAAAAGCAUCAUAAAAUUCAUACUGAAGAAAAGAACUUCAAAUAUUAUGUUGUUACUUGGACAAAAGUCUACUCUGAACAGACACCAUACUAGAGAGAAAGACUUUAAGUGUAAUAUUUGCCGCACGAAUGUCACAACUCUCACAUUAUAAUGUAGAAUUCAUACUAGGAGAAAAUAAAAGACUAGUCUCUGUUUGGAGAACGAAAUUCAUCGGUAUACUGCACGUUACGCCUGCUUUGGACAAUUUUGACAUUUUUAAAAUAUUGUAAAUUAAAAAGUCCCCUUUUGAAUAUCCAUAAUUUAAUUUGGGUGAUAUUUGUAUAUUUUUCCGAUGAACCGAUGAACUUCCUUCUCCGAAUUGAGACUUGUUUUGCAUGUAAAAUAUGAAUGUUUAUAUGACUAUAUUGUUAUAUUGUUCGAAGGCCGAAAUAGCUACUCUAAUAUGUAUUGAGAAUAUACGAGAUUGGAAUAAGAACAUUCGGAACGAUGUCCAGAAACUACCCGGCCAUAGGAACAAGUUAAGGACAUGAUUGAACAUUUUAUCUACGUGUAGACACAAAGUCUGACAAACAUGUACUCCUUUCAUGUAAAGGGGCAUUUGCAGCUAUCACAUGCAGUGUGGCACCGUUGCCAAUUGAGACCGGGCGCUUUGAAAGACUAUCAGAACAGACAUUCCAACAUAAACAUAAACAUGUUUUUCAUUCUCCACCGAGCCAGUGUCACAUAAUACAUAGUCUUAACCGUGCUGUGCUUUUUAUAUAUUGUAAUGUAUUGUAUUGUAUUGUAUUGUAUUGUAUUUUAUUGUAUUGAAUUGUAUUGUAUUGUACCCACUAAGGUCAGAGUUGUUGUUGUUGUUAUUUGUAAAUUUAAUGCCUGCAUUUUUACAUUUGGACAGAGAUUUGCAAUUUUUUAUCUUCAUGGGCAAUACUAUUAUUUACCUUUAUGUUGCAAAGGCUUGUGUCUAAAUGCUGAAACUUAGCUAUUUUCUCUAUAAAUGAUCAUGUGACAUCCACACCCGGCCUUGGUUGUUUUAGUUGUAUUGUAUAUGUUAAAUACGACUCGUGAAACUUUAAUAAAAUAAAUAAAUAACAAAAUGAAUGACCAAGAAGAAAGUUUUUAAUGACACCAGUAAACAGAAAUGGUUUUAUAAGGGACUCCCUAGAAGCUAACAGCGAAACGGUAUGUUUAAAACAUCAUAAAGGAGGGCGAGUUGUUUGUAGAAUGAAUCGGGGGAUUUUUUUCAUGAAUUUCGCUUAUGUUUUUCAUCCAAAAAACAUCAAUACACUUUAAAAAAUUUUGUUUACUUUAAGAUU